AUGCUCCGGGUGAAGGCUCUGCGGAGUGCAGAGCUGCGAGAAGGCCAGAGGAUAACAAAGAUCAGCCUGGAGACUGGCGGCCGCAUUGACAAAGAUUCCUGCGGAGAUUUGUGCACCACUGCCCCAAAGCAGCGCAUUCAUCAGGUCAUUGAUGACAGCGAGCACCUCUGGGUGAUGUUGAACAUGGAGGGCGAGCGGCUCAGCGACAAGUACAACAUCAGCAGCAGUGGGAACGACCUCAGAUUCGGCAACGGGUUCACGUCAGGAUAUGGCUUGGGAGCACCAGCAUUCAGCGCGAGCGGGGGCAUGAGUAGCUCUGAAGCCAGGGGGCUGGGCAGCCUGCAGCCAGUGUCAGAGCGGCAGGCAGCACCCAGUGCUCUGCCUGCCCAGCAGGGCUUCCUCAUCCCCUAUGGCGGCGUGGACAAAUACUACCCUCCACCCUCGCCAGUGAAGCCUUCCGCUGGGACUCUGCCUUUCAGAGGAGUGAGGACCAACAUGAGGGGCGCAGCGGCGCGAGAGGCAGUGAAGAAGAAUUACAGGCCGCCCCCCAGCAAGAUUGGGGAUGCAGAGGAGCGGCCGAGCGCGCAGCGCAAGAUCACAGAGCUCUUCAGCCGCCAGAUGAAUGCGCCUCAGCACCAGUGGGAGCCUUCCGCUGCGUCUGGAGUAGCCGUCCACACUGGCGUCCAGGACAUGGAGUUCUGA